CCCUAAUAGAAAUUUGUUUCUAAAUGCCUCAGGAACCAUACUACGUCGUCAAAGUGCUGAAAUAUUGCACUUUGCAUGCGCAGUAGAAUUGACACAGGUGGCUCAUGUAAGUACCUUGUCUGUGAUUCUAGUUCCAACUUGAAACACAGAGGUCAGUGAUAAAAGUUGUCGAUUUUGCUAGUAAUGUAAGCAAGAUAUAACCUAAAAUCUGACAUAGCAUUCUUAAAAGGUGCAAUACCUUUAUUCGUUAAAUACUUUGAAGAACUUAAAAAAUUCAGAAAUGCCUGACCAUUUGGGAGAGGAUAUGAGAAAAGUGAAAAGUGAAGAUGAUAAAGAAGAAAAGGAAAUAAAAUCUCUUGACGAAGGAGAUAUUGCUUUGCUCAAAACUUAUGGACAAGGACAAUAUACUAAAAGCAUUAAAACUGUAGAAGAGGAUAUUCAAACGAUAAUAAAACGUGUCAAUGAGUUGACAGGAAUCAAGGAGUCUGAUACUGGUUUAGCUCCUCCUGCUCUGUGGGAUUUAGCUGCAGACAAACAGACAUUACAGAAUGAACAACCAUUACAAGUUGCUCGUUGUACUAAAAUAAUCAAUGCAGAUUCUGAAGAUCCAAAAUAUGUUAUAAAUGUAAAACAGUUUGCAAAGUUCGUAGUUGAUUUAGCUGAUUCAGUUGCUCCAACCGAUAUUGAAGAGGGUAUGAGAGUGGGGGUGGACCGCAACAAAUAUCAAAUUCAUAUUCCUUUACCACCCAAAAUUGAUCCAACUGUAACAAUGAUGCAAGUUGAAGAGAAACCUGAUGUCACAUACAGUGAUGUUGGUGGUUGUAAAGAACAAAUUGAGAAAUUAAGAGAAGUUGUUGAGACUCCUCUGUUACAUCCAGAAAAAUUUGUUUAUUUGGGUAUUGAGCCACCUAAAGGUGUAUUGUUGUUUGGACCACCAGGCACAGGCAAAACUUUAUGUGCCAGAGCAGUUGCUAAUAGAACAGAUGCUUGUUUUAUUCGUGUUAUUGGUUCUGAAUUGGUUCAAAAAUAUGUUGGUGAGGGUGCACGUAUGGUCAGAGAAUUGUUUGAAAUGGCACGUAGCAAAAAAGCAUGUUUAAUAUUUUUCGAUGAAAUUGAUGCUAUUGGAGGAGCUCGAUUCGAUGAUGGGGCUGGUGGUGACAAUGAAGUUCAGCGUACUAUGCUCGAACUUAUAAACCAACUUGAUGGUUUCGAUCCAAGAGGUAAUAUUAAAGUUUUGAUGGCAACAAAUAGACCAGAUACGCUAGAUCCUGCAUUGAUGCGUCCAGGACGUUUGGAUAGAAAAGUAGAAUUCGGACUACCGGACUUAGAAGGACGAACACACAUUUUCAAAAUUCAUGCACGUUCAAUGAGUGUUGAAAGAGAUAUUAGAUUUGAACUCCUUGCUCGUUUGUGUCCUAACAGUACCGGAGCCGAAAUUCGUUCAGUUUGUACCGAAGCUGGUAUGUUCGCGAUUCGUGCGCGUCGUAAAGUAGCUACAGAAAAAGAUUUCCUAGAAGCAGUGAACAAAGUGAUUAAAUCGUAUGCUAAAUUCUCUGCAACUCCCAAAUAUAUGACUUACAACUAAGUUCGUUAUAAACUUUAUGAUUGGUUCUAAAAUAAAUAUUUAUAUAAACACCAUAUCAUUGUAUUGCUGAUCAAUGAAAAUGAAGCAUAAUAAAUUGAAACAUCUUUUUGCUUAA